GUGACAACUUCAAUUUUCAACAAAUUCAAAAUCAAGUUUCUAGAUGAACUCUAUUGAAAUGUAAAAGUGAAAGUUUUUCCGGCGUUGAAUCGCGAACUUAAUUUUGUUACAAAUAAAAUAUUCAAUGGAAUAAAUGCUUCAGAUGCGCCACGACAAGAAACAAGACUGGCAGUGUUUUAUAAAAUUAAUAAAUAAUGGAGCCAGUCCACGGUAAUGGAGAACUAAGACAGAGGAGAGAGAGAGAAAUAACAAACAGUACAAAUAUAAUUAGUAAAAAUGAAUCAAAACUUAAACCUGUUACAAAAACAACAAAUGGAAAAGUUAUUGGACUGGUUUUUGUAUCAUUACUCUUAGAUCUUCUAGCAUUCACAAUGAUACUGCCACUACUACCUUCAUUAUUGGACUAUUACGAUAAACAAGAAGGAAAAUCUAAUACAUUAUAUACUUCAUUGCUUCAUGCAGUGCAGAGUUUUCAGAAACUGACAGGGGCGCCGGACCGUUUUGCAUCCGUUCUAUUUGGUGGUGCACUAGGUUCUAUGUAUAGUUUCCUUCAAUUUCUCACCAGCCCUAUAGUCGGGAGUCUCUCAGACGCCUAUGGAAGAAAACCUAUGCUGCUAAUUUGUUUAUUGGGCAUAGCCUUAUCUCACGGACUAUGGAGCUAUGCAAGCACAUUCAGCUUAUUUGUUCUGGCGAGGUUUAUUGGAGGCUUGAGCAAAGCGAAUGUAAGCCUGAGCAUGGCUGUAGUUACUGAUGCAUCUGAUGAAAAAACACGGGCUAGAGGCAUGGCAUUAGUAGGCUUGGCGUUCUCGAUCGGGUUCAUAGUGGGUCCGCUAGCCGGCGCGUGGUUCGCGAUGAGCACAGACGUAUCGUCCGGGCUGUGGGGCGAGCGGCCCGCCAUGUACGCGCUGUCCCUCUCACUCGCCAAUGUCGCUCUUGUUACGUUCUUUGUACCUGAAACUCUAUCUAAGGAUAAAAGAGCGCCACUCUCUCUGUCUCUCUCUAAAGCAGUGGACUUCGUAUCUCCGUGGCAUUUAUUAAACUUUACUGCCGUUAAAAACUUGUCUAACCACCAGAGCAAAGUAUUAUCUAAGUUGGGACUGAUUUACUUUAUUUAUCUUUUUAUUUACUCCGGCCUGGAGUUCACUAUUACAUUCCUGACGCAUCACACUUUCCAGUACACUGCGAUGCAGCAGGGGAAAAUGUUCUUAGUCAUAGGUGCUAUAAUGGCGGUGUUACAAGGCGGCGCGGCGCGAAGGCUCGGGUCAAAAGGCGCGGAGCGAGCGGCAAGAGUAGCCUUGAUCCUAACGCCACCGUCCUUUGUAUGCGUGGCGUUUGCUGCUACACCGAAACCGCCGGUGUUUACCCCGCUGUUCUGGCUGUGGGCAGGCCUCGUGCUGUUUGCUUUAUCAACGGCAUUCGCGGUGUCGUGCAUGACAGCGAUGGCGGCCGCGCAGGCGCCGAGCGAGGCGCGCGGCGCGGUGCUGGGCACGCUGCGCUCGCUGGGCGCGCUAGCCCGCGCCGCCGGGCCGCUGCUCGCCUCCACAAUGUACUGGUGUUCAGGCGCUGCCACUACUUACACGAUCGGAUCCGUCAUUCUAGUGUUGCCAGCUGUGAUGUUACUUCGACUGAAAACGUGAACAAAUCAUUUCUAUUCUUCCACAUAACCAUCCAAGCAAUAUUUAUACAUAAUUUUAUUAGAUUGUAAGGUAAAUUAUUAUUUAUUGUAUACAUUUUUUAUACAUAUUUCAGUUUUACAGUUUUAUUUGUCUCGAAUUAUUACAGUAUUAAAUGGUAUUAUAU